AUGACAACAGCUCCUAUCGGUGUCGUGGUGGCAAAGAAUAAAUUUGCUAAAUUAAAGAAACUCUGGUUGGCAAUAUCGCAGAAACAGUGUUAUGUUCGAGACCGGAGGGACAAUAUCCCAAAAGGAAAGAACAUUGCAACUAGUGGGCUGCCUCACGCAAUGUGUUCAUCAGAAUUUGAUUUAUUACAUAUAUUAGAGCAUUUAAGUGUCAAAUCUAGCUAG